AAACUCGCACACGCACAAACACUUGUGUCUUCACUAAGCAAAACACAAAGUAAGCAAAUCAAAUUAAGCUUGCUGCUUUCUUCUUCUUCUUCCUCUUCUUCUUCAAAUCCUAGAGUCUCUGAAAUGGGUGGGGUUACCUCAUCCAUGGCUGCAAAGCUUGCUUUUUUCCCACCAAACCCACCUUCCUACAAGGUCAUUAAGGACAACCCAACUGGGCUCUUGCUCAUGGACCCUUUUCCCCACCGUGAAAACGUCGACGUUUUGAAGUUUCCGACUCGCCGCGGCAAUGAGAUCGUGGCCGUCUAUGUCCGCCACCCAAUGGCCACAUCCACCGUUCUGUAUUCUCACGGCAACGCUACUGAUAUAGGCCAGAUGUAUGAGCUCUUCAUUGAAUUGAGUAUCCACCUGCGUGUUAAUCUCAUGGGGUAUGAUUACUCUGGAUAUGGGCAGUCAUCUGGCAAGCCAAGUGAACAUAAUACUUAUGCAGAUAUUGAAGCUGCGUAUAAGUGUCUUGAAGAGAGGUAUGGUGCCAAGCAGGAGAACAUAAUCCUCUAUGGUCAAUCUGUUGGAAGCGGUCCUACUGUUGAUCUUGCUGCCCGUUUGCCUCAACUAAGAGCAAUUGUUCUGCAUAGUCCGAUAUUAUCAGGGUUAAGAGUCAUGUAUUCGGUGAAGCGCAGUUAUUGGUUUGACAUCUACAAGAACAUUGAUAAGAUCCCUCUGGUGAAAUGUCCUGUGCUGGUAAUACAUGGAACAUGUGAUGAAGUAGUUGACUGCUCGCACGGCAAGCAACUCUGGCUACUGUGCCAGGAGAAAUACGAACCUCUAUGGCUUAAAGGUGGAAAUCACUGCAAUUUGGAACUCUUCCCGGAAUAUGUUAGACAUCUCAACAAGUUCAUAUCCACUGUUGAAAAAGCUCCUCCAUGCAAGUUGAGUUCAAGGAAAAGCACAGACUGUGUUGAACGUCCUAGGCGUAGUGUUGAAUAUCCUAGGCACAGUGUUGAUUACUGUGAGCUUCCGAGGAAGAGUACUGAUAAGAGAGAAAAAUCAAGGAAAAGCACGGAUAGACGACCUGAAAAGCUGAGAGUUAACGAGUACAAGUUAAAUAACAGUGACAAGCUAGAGAAGUUUAGAAUUUCUGUCGAUCAGAUAGAGAGGUCCCGAAGGAGCGUCGAAUACCAUCAUGAGAAGUCAUCUAGGAGAAGCGUGGACCAUCAGCUAGAAAAACCAAGGAGAAGUGUCGACUGGCUGGACAGAAUUCGAGCCGGGUAAAUCUAUGGUUAAAAGUUGGAUUUGGAUUGGCAGUGUUGGGGGGAUAGAAACAUAGAUCAAAAGGGGAGGGGGAAAAUUAUUUGGGGUCUAACUUAAGUCUUAAGGUUAAGGGUUUAGCAAGAAUGUCUGGUUUAAGGAUGUGGGUCUUUGUCGUUGUUUCUUUCAUUUCACUUGUAACUGUGAUGUUGGCUAAUUUGGCUUGUAGAGUUUGAGAUGGUGUUGGGUGUUAUUGAUUGUUAAUGAAGAAAACUCUAACCUCAUUGUUCUUC